ACUGGUCACACUAGAAAGUUCGUUUAUUUUGCUUUGUCCGCCCAAAAGGAAACUUGCUGCAAGGACUCCACUCCAAAGUAGACUUUAUUAUGAGCCAGAACGAUGCUCAACUACAUUAGAGAUGCAAUCAUGGCACCAACGACACGCAGCAGCCCCAAGAACAACAACAGCAGCACUAGCCAGCGAGCGGGCGAAGCUCUAAAGGAUGCAAACUCAUCCGCAUCCAGGGAAACACCAGGUGCUCCAAUGCGUGGCUACAAGGUUACUGAUAACGAGCGGACGAGGAAAUACGGCAUCGGAGCCAAUUCCCUGGAAAUGUUAAUAACCAAGGCAAAAAGCAAAUUUCCGCUACUCGAGUUGCACUUGUAUUUGGCUUCUGAUGGCUUUGAGGUGUCCGAUGAUGAGUACUUGAACAGCCUGCCUUCCCAGACGCUGUUCAUUGUGGCUGGUCCGGAUGCAGUCAUUACAACUGAUGCCGACUUUGAGUUUGAGAAGAUGCGACAACAGUCACCACUUCUGAAGGUUGCCGACAUUUUCUACGACUUUAUCGAACAGCAUCCAGAGAAGUUCCGCCGCAUGAUCACGGAGUACGAGCACCAAAAGCAGCGACUCGUCCUGGACAACACCAAGGCCCACCUUAGUCUGAAGGCCGAGCACGUGGAGUGGUUCGAGGGCGGGGAGGAGCGCUUCCAUUCCAAGGAAGAGGCCAUGGCCAUGCGGGCUCAGACACGUGUACGCGGCUACUACUAUAAGGCCAAGGAGGAACUGACCCGUAAUCCCUUGUACCGCCAAAAUGCCAAGGCACGCCAAGUGAUAAACUCGGUGCUAGAACAAUUUCGAUACCUGCUCAUCGGCUGCGACUAUUUCUCCAUGAUGUUCGACAGAAAGUGUCAGCAGAAGCACGAGUUCCUGCAGCAGUCAUUGGGCGAAGAGGAAACAGACGCUGGCGGUCUUCCCAGCAAAAGACUGAGGAAGGUGAUCAAGGAGUACACAAAGGAAAACUGCAUACUCGACAAGUGGUCCGUGUCCUUGUGCUCCAACCUGGGCGAUUUCUAUUGCAUGGGCGCCUUCUCAGAGAAUGGCAACUGUUGCUCCAUGCAGCACACCAUUAAUCCAUAUGCUUCGCGCGAGAAUCUGAUUUUGUUUCAGGUCUGGAACCUGGACCACCAAAUCGAACUGUGCCGCACCAUUCUGCCUGCCCUUGUGGCCAGUGUGGAGGACCUUGUGAGCCAUCCGCAACGGAAGUGCUCGUUGCACAAGAAGCAAGUGGUUGACAUCUCCGUUCUUGAAUACUUUUUGGAAAUAUUCUCGCUAAAGAAUCUCAAACUUGUGCACAUUGUUUGCCACGAAAAGGUUCAGCGGUCAAACCGUUCUAACGGUCGUUUGUUGUGCCCCGAUUGUCAUGAGUACCGGAUUGUGCAGGAGCUCAUGGAAGUGCAACUGGAUAGUCCAACACCCUAAAUGGUUUAUCAAAAAUGUUAAAUAUCCAAUUACCUAGCCAAGCAAUAUUUUAAACAAUAACUUUAAACAACGCAUAUUUCACUUUAGUUGGCCUUAACUUUAAAAUAUUGAAUAUUUUUGUUUUGGAGUCUAUUUUAUCGCUGAUCUCUAAUGAGAUUAAUUGUACAAAUGAAAUUUAUCUCAAAGUUAACUAUCAAACCGUACUGUUGAAAGUAUUUACAUAUAAAAUACGUAACUAAUAACAUACUUAUAUGCAUUUAAUGUUAAAAUAGCUUGACAGACUAUUAGAAUUAUGUGGCUAUGCAAUAUCGGUAGUAAACCUAGAUGUAGAUGUUCGUUGACUGUAACGCUUGUAGUUGAGAAUUCAAUACGUUUUGUUGGCGUUACAUCGAUCAGCAAGUCCAUAAUAUAAAAUAUUGAUAUAUUAUAUAUAUAUA